AUGGUGCAGUGUGCAGCGUUUGGCUGCAACGCUCGUCCCGAGAAGGGGACAAAAGGAUUCUUUGGCUUUCCUAAGGACGAUGCUAUAAAGCGUAAAUGGAUUCGUGCCGUGAAUUCAGGAAGGCUAAUUGACGGAAAGGUUGUGGACUUUGUUCCUACGAAAAAUUUGAAGUUAUGCAUUAAACAUUUUGAGGACAAGUGUUUUGUGCAUCCUCCUAGUGUAAUGGCGAGUGCGGGUAUAGGUCUGAGAAUCUUGCUGCUUACGGAUGCAGUGCCAACUUUGUUCCCUGACACGGUCAACUUCAAGGCAUUACAGCCGAAAGCCCUGAAGCCUGACGAGUUAGGACCACCCAAACGGAAACGGGACACAUACGGAGGUGAUGCCCGCUGUUGUUCCCCAGGUCAUACAGCCAAGUAUGGAUCGUACACAUUGAUGGACAUUGAGACUGGACACGUCCUUGAUGUACAGCUUGUUCAGCGUAAUAAAGUGAAGAACAGAAAUGCCAUGGAGCUGGAGGACCUCAAGAGGGCACUCUCAAACCUGUCUGCAAACGGGCUACAGAUAUCAGACCUGGUUACUGACCGGCAUGCCCAAGUUAGAAAGUUCAUGAGAGAGGAGAUGGGCCAGAUUUGCCAUUGUGCUGGCAAUGGUGACAUGGUUGUCCAGAAAUGGCUGUCAAUCGGAAACCAUGUUUAUGACACACACGAAGGUCACGGGGACUUGUUUCCAAAGUGCCUUCAUGGUCCAAUAAAUAGAAUCGGGAUAAAGAAAAACUCAAAGGCGCAUAAGGAAUUACUGCUGGUCAUCGGAAACAAACGCCUUCUCUCUGACAUUCGAAAGCUGUCACCAGCUGAACAGACUUCGAUGCUGGAGGCACAACACGAGGUGGUCUGCCAAUUUGCUCCAAAAGUUGUCAGCUUUUCAUAUCCAGCAAUGAAACAGAGAUUGCAUCUGGCAGCCCUGCAUUCAGUUUCGAAUGCGCACAGAAAACAUGCGGAGACGAAGAACGGGGAAAAGCGCUAUAGAAUUUCGUAUCCGAAGUACAAAGCGGGCCACCAUGUCGUGAAACCUGUUAAAGAAACCUGCAAUUAUGAUUAUGUCACCGAGCACAUGGCUGAAUUGCUGCAAUUGAAAGAACAAUACAAGAGCAGUCGGACUGCGAGACAGGCUUCUUCUGUUCUGUUCUCUCCUCCACCUUUGACAUCUUCUGCAAAGAGAAUUUUAAAGACUGAAGCAGUGCAGUUGCACCGCCCUAGGUUCAAUUAG